AUGCGUUUCUCUGCAGUAGUUGGACUAUUGUCCACCCUUUCGGUUGUCUUGGCUUCUGACCAUGGACAUCAUAAAUUGCACAAGCGGUCUUCGGAUAACGAGAAUUCCGCUACUGAGUAUGACUAUGUCGUUGUUGGCUCUGGUGCUGGAGGUGGCCCUGUAGCAGCACGAUUGGCCAUUGCAGGAUACAAGGUGCUUCUUCUAGAGGCAGGUGAUGACCAGGGAAAUGCGACCCAGCAGAUUGUCCCCGCCCUGCAGCUCCAGUCCACCGAAUACGAACCGAUGAGAUGGGAUUAUUUCGUGAACCACUACUCCAACUUGACUCGUCAGGAAGAAGACUCCAAGAUGACUUAUCGGACUCCUGCUGGCGACCUUCAUGUUGGAAGCAAUGCGCCCAAUGGCUCCGAGCCCUUGGGAAUUUUAUACCCUCGAGCAGGUACUUUGGGGGGAUGCUCUGCUCACAAUGCCAUGAUUACCAUCUACCCGUACGAGAAUGACUGGGAGCAACUGGCCAGUCUCACUGGCAAUGAUUCAUGGUCCGCCUCAAACAUGCGACAAUACUUUACGAGACUAGAGCGCAACCGAUACCUGCCCAGCAGCUUGGUGGGCCACGGAUUCGACGGAUGGCUCACAACGAGUCUUACAGACUUGCGUCUCGUCAUCGAAGACCAAAAGCUUCUGUCCUUAAUCCUGGCCGGUGCGACCGCCGCGGGUAAAACACUGCUGGGUAAACUGAUCACCACGGUCACGGGCCUCGCAGAAGUCCUGCUGCGCGAUCUAAACAACCCCUCUCCCUCGCGCGACUACGAGGAGGGUCCAUACCAAGUGCCUCUCGCCGUGGAUGUUCCCGAGUACAAGCGGACAGGCCCUCGAGAAUUCCUCAUGAAGACAGUCAACGCUGUGAACUCAGAUGGUUCGCGAAAAUAUCAUCUUGAUAUCCAGCUGAACACCCUGGUCACCAAGCUCCGGUUCGAUACCACCGGCGCUAAGCCACGGGCUACCGGUGUUGACUAUCUUCGUGGACAGAGCCUCUACCGCGCAGACCCCCGGGCUUCCCAGACAUCGUCGAACGGGACACCAGGUAGCGUGAGUGCUACUCGUGAAGUGAUUCUGUCUGCAGGCUCGUUCAACACCCCCCAGCUGCUGAAGCUGAGUGGUAUUGGACCAAAGGAGGAGUUAUCCAAACAUGGAAUUUCAACCCUGGUGGAUCUCCCCGGCGUCGGUCGUAAUCUUCAGGACCGGUACGAGACAGGCACAGUGGGCAAGUCACCCACCGAUUUCGUCCUCACGUCCAAGUGUACCUUUUUGUAUUCUCUUCCCGACCCCUGUCUGGAACAGUACGAGAACAAUCCCCUCUUCAAAGGCACCUAUACCACCAAUGGAAUCGCCAUUGCCAUCAUUCACAAGUCCUCUGUCGCAGAGGACGAGCCCGAUCUAUUGAUUUCAGGAGCACCUGCCAACUUCCCCGGCUAUUAUCCCAACUACUCAUACGAAGGUCUCAAAAAUGCCCAGCACUGGACCUGGAUCACGUUGAAGUCGCGCUCCCGUAAUAACGCUGGCACGGUUGAGCUCCGAUCUACUGACCCGCGUGAUACGCCCCUUAUCAACUUCCACUCGUUUGAUUCCGGAGUGACCACAGAUGGUGCAGAUGAGAAGGAUCUUCAGGCUGUGUACGAGGCAAUGCAGUUCUCCCGCACGAUCUUUGAUGACCUUAUUCCCCUCGAUGGCGGGUUUGAAGAGGUCUGGCCAGGACCCAAUGUCACUACCGAGAGCCAGAUGAAAGACUUCAUUAAGCGGGAAGCAUGGGGGCACCAUGCCUGCUGCACUGCUGCUAUUGGAGAAGAUGGGGAUCCUCAGGCUGUGCUGGAUUCUGACUUCCGUGUUCGUGGUGUUGACGGUCUGCGUGUUGUGGAUGCUUCUGUCUUCCCCAAGAUCCCGGGGUACUAUAUCGCCCUGCCUAUUUAUAUGAUCAGUGAGAAGGCUGCUGAGGUUAUCAUUGCUGAUGCUGUAUAA